UGUUUGUUUGAACAUUUAUUUAUUUCAUUCUGCUACGGGUAGGAAUUGCUUGAGUAAUAAGAAAUUGACGAUAAUUUUGACUUAAGUUCGAACCAAGGUCAAGUUUAUACACGCAAGUGCUAUCAUUUCAUCCCGGUACUAUGUUUUCGAGGAGCAUAUUAGUGUCGCUCACAAGGGGAGGUUAUCGUAUACCGCUAGCAAAAUGUUAUUCAUCAAACACUCAGGUGGUUGUCGCUGAUGAUGGUAGAACUCUGGUCUGCUGGCACCCCGAACCUGAAGUCCCUUACGAACUGACUUCACCAUUACCCAAAGAAGAAGUGGUCAACCAAUCGGUCAUAAGUGCGUUGAAUGGGAACGAUAAGUCUGACGUCUCCCACUUAGAAGCUUUAAAGGAAGAGCUUGCUCGUGAACAACUCAUGAAAAUGACAUUUACCACCAAGCACAGGUGGUUCCCUCGUCCUGGAAAGAGAGAAGCCAAGAAAACUCCCAUGGACCGCCCAUAUCUGUGAUUUUUUGUUAAAUUGAAAAGUUUCAAAUAUAGUUUAAUAUCAGUGUGUAACAAGCUUCUUUAUAAAUUGGAUAGGAUGUAUUAAAAAUUACAAGCCAUA